AUGGAUAUCGACUUUCACCCCGGUGUAAAUGGGGGCUCGCCCUGGGUCGACUUCUACCCAUAUACACCCUCAGCCACAGCCGGCUAUGCAUUCAUGGCCAUGUUCGGUAUAGUGACUGUUGCCCAUCUCAUCUUGAUGUUUCCCUUCCGCGCCGCAUAUUUCAUUCCACUCGUUUUAGGAGGUGUUUGUGAAACAUUCGGAUAUUACGGUCGGGCAUGGUCCCACGAAAGCAGAACAAAUAUCGGCUCAUGGGCUCUCCAAGAAAUGCUCAUUCUAUGUUCUCCUCCUCUGGUCGCCGCCACGAUCUACAUGGUCCUUGGUCGAGUCAUUCGCUCGUUUGGCGCCGAACAUCUCGCGAGCAUGCGGCCCAAGAAGAUCACCGUCAUCUUUGUACUGAACGAUGUCCUGUGUUUCUGUACACAAUUAGGCGGUGCAGGCGUCCAGAUCACUGGAGAUGCAAACGCCAUGAACAUUGGCAAGAAAGUCGUCCUCGCAGGUUUGAUCUUCUCUCUGAUCGUGUUUGCCUUCUUCGUCUGGAUUGCAGCGACCCUGCAUCGCAGAUUGCAGAAAUCUCCCACGGAUAUUCUCGUCAUGAAUCCGGAUAUCCACUGGCAGCGGUAUAUGCUCGCUCUCUAUGUUUCUUGUUUUGCCAUGAUGCUUCGUAAUCUGGUGCGGACGAUUCAGUUCGGGGCUAAUAAGACUUCGCCUAUCAAUACACAGGAGGUGUAUAUCUAUGUUUUCGAUGGGUUCCUCAUGUUCUUUUCUAUGUUGGUGUUGAUCGUUUUUCAUCCUGGGAAACUGAUCAAGAAGGCUCGUCGUUUGGGCAAGGUCGCUGACUUCCAUGAACCUCUUACGAGCGAGAAUAGGAUGUCGGAUGUUCCUUUGACCAAAUACGAGCCUCGGAUGAUGGCAGUCUAG